AUGGCAGCAUCUGAACUUUUCGACGGGGAACGGUAUUGUCUUGAACAGCAAUUCACCAGCAGAACUACAGCACCCAGCAUUCGCUCUGGAAGCCUGUACUUUGCUCCGGUGCACGGGGCGCUAAAGCCUGAACGCUGGCUGCGGAGAUCCCGAGGGGGCAGCAUGGGUCGGCUUGACGGGAAGGUAAUAUUGCUGUCUGCAGCCGCACAAGGGAUUGGACAAGCAGCUGCUAUAGCUUUUGCAAAAGAAGGAGCAAAGGUCAUUGCUACUGACAUCAGUGAGCCCAAGCUGCAAGAAUUGGAGGGGUAUUCAGGCAUUCAAACGCGGUUGCUGGAUGUCACCAGCAAAGAACAAAUAGAAAUCUGGCCAAGGAGAUUAAGGAUUGAUGUCCUCUGCAAUGUUGCAGGUUUUGUCCAUCAUGGAACCAUUCUGGAGUGUGAGGAGACAGACUGGAACUUCACAAUGAACCUCAAUGUUCGCAGCAUGUAUCUAAUGAUCACUUUCCUGCCAAAGAUGCUUGCACAGAAAUCUGGAAACAUUAUCAACAUGUCUUCUGUGGCAUCCAGCAUUAAAGGAGUGGUAAACCGGUGUGUCUAUAGCACUUCAAAGGCAGCAAUUAUUGGUCUAACCAAGUCCGUAGCUGCUGACUUCAUUGAACAAGGCAUCAGAUGCAACUGCAUAUGCCCAGGAACUGUGACACUCCCAUCUCUACGGGAGAGAAUCCAAGCCAGGCCUUACCCAGAACAGGCCCUGAAAGACUUUCUGGCUAGACAGAAGACUGGUAGGAUGGCUACUGCUGAAGAAGUGGCCCACAUUGUGUAUCUGGCCUCUGAUGAAUCUGCCUACAUGACUGGCAAUGAGCUUAUCAUUGAUGGAGGCUGGAGCUUGUGACUUACAAAACUUUCAUCUGAAGUUUUCAAUGGAAUUCAUAGUACAAAAGGCAAAUAAUGAAGAGAUUAUCACAUUUCUCUGUUAAUAUAAUUGCACCAUUUUAAUGGACUAAAAUGAUUGACCUUCAAAUAAAAGUCAGUGUAGUUGCACAGACAUGCCAUACCUCUUUUUC